CUUUAUUAAUAGAAGAAGUGCAAGCGUACGUGGGAACAAAAGUGUCAAGGGUUGUGCCCAUGGGCGGCGAUCAUCAUCUCACGCUGGGGCUAGCAUUGUUUAGUUUCAUCUUCGCUCUACCGGUAUGGGUACGUGCGCGCAUUUGUUUGCUCGCAACAAGACGAGAUGAUAUUAAGAUACCCUACAGUGACAAUGCCUAUGUCAUCCAGCUCCACUCGUCGAGAUAAUGGUCCUCCCGUCUGCUCUUCGACACCACGAUGUGCUCUCUCUGCCUCGCUCGUUUUUGCUACCUGGGUUUUGCAUGAGUUGUGUGGUGCUACUGCACAGCAAGGAUCAUCUUUCGGGUAUAUGGAGCAUCCGAGCUUGCGUCUGGAAGAUAGGCGUUGCAUAGUAGACCCCUAUGAGUCCGUAGAUUGCGGCUGCUGUGUUUCCAAUCUCGCGCAUUUCGUCGAAACCGAUAGCUAUUACCGUGGCCAAGCGAUGACAUGCCGAGACUACAUACGAGCUUUCGAUGAGGUGAGCUGUCUCUAACUCUAUCUGUUUGAAUGUCAGGAGACUAUGACAGUUAACUAGAAACUUCUUCAUCACUUUUACAUUAGGAUACAGGAAGGGGAAAGCUCUAUGGCGUCUAUUAUGAUCAUCUAUAUCCCUAGUUCUGCUACUCCUAAGCAUCUCUUACAAUUCAAGAACUUUACCAUCUUGACUAUCAUCAUAAAUCUGAUCUAUGUAUACGAGGUUCCCGACGAAUGUGGGCUGCAUACUCACGGUGGGCGUAUACCAGAAGACCAAAAGAUUUGGCUCUUACAGAAGCUCGCUGCAAAAAAGUCGCAGGGUGCGACUCAUCCAACAACUGAUGUUCAACAAGUUCAACAAGCCGAACAUGAUCAGGAGCUCCAGCAGCACCGCGACCAUGAAUUUGAAGCGGCUUUAAACCACACGGUUGUUGAUCUCGUGAGUUUUGGGCCUUCAGCAGAGAAGGAUUUCGGAGAGCAUAUUUGGCCACGUGUGAAAUGCGAGAAUAACCGACUGUGGUGCGAAUGUCCUCGUACUCUCACUAUUUUUUUGCUAGAGUAGUACUUGGUAUAAUUACUAUUUUUACAGAAGAAGUUGCUACAGGUAGGAGCAACAAGAUGGGUUGUCAUUGUUUUACUGAUGAUGAGGCACUUACUUUAGUUUCUUCGACGCUAUGCGUACUAGCUUGGAGCGUCCGAUAACAUCCCUCCCACUAGGAUCCCCCUCCUCCCCAAAAUAAGAAACUAAGCAAGGCAACGACGUAAGCGAUACGCGUUUUCAAAUUUCGAAAAUUUUCCACGUUUUGCCACCGUUUGGGGAUUGGGUCUCGUGCGUUUGAAGUCAAGGGCUAAGAUCCCAAAGCUUUUUGACUUUCAGCCCUUUCGCUGAAAUUUAAUGCCUUGGCUUCGCGUUUUUCAAAUUUCGAAAAUUCUCCGCGUUGUGUUGUCGUUUUGGGAUCGAAUUUUGUGCGUUUGAAGCGCUAAAGUCCCUAAAUUUUUGAUUUUAAGCCCUUUCACUGGGAUUCAGUUUCUUGGGUUCGCGUUUUUCAAAUUUCGAAAAUUUUCCACCUUUUUCGUCAUUUUGGGACUGAAUCCGUUGACUUUGAAAGGCUAAGAUCCCAAAAUUUUUGAUUUUAAGCCCUUGCCCUGAAAUUUCAUUCCUUGGAUUCGCGUUUUUCCAAUUUCUAAAAUUUUCCACGUUUUUCGUCGUUUCGGGAGUGAAUCCCCUGAGUUUGAAGCGCUAAGACGCCAAGACUUUUGACUUUAAGCCCUUUCCCCCGAAAUUCAAUGCCUUGGCUUCGCGUUUUUCAAAUUUCGAAAAUUUUCCACAUUUUGCCGCCGUUUUGAGAUUGAGUCACGUGAGUUUGAAGCGUUAAGAUCCCAAAAUUUUUGAUUUUAAGCCCUUUCCCUGAGAUUCAAUCUCUUGGCGUCGCGUUUUUCAAAUUUCGAAAGUUUUCCACCUUUUUCGUCAUUUUGAGAGUGAGUCAGUUGAUUUUGAAGGGCUAAGAUCCUAAAAUUUUUGAUUUUAAGCCCUUUCUCUGAAAUUUAAUCCCUUGGAUUCGCGUUUUUCAAAUUUCGAAAAUUUUCCACGUUUUGUCGUCGUUUUGGGAUUGAGUCUCGUAAGUUUGAAGCGUUAAGAUCCUAAAGUCGUGGCUUCUUGGUUUCAUGGUUUCGUGGUUUCCUGGUUUCGUGGUUUCAUGGUUUCUUUUCAUGGUUUCGUGGUUUCGUGGUUUCCUGGUUUCCCGGUUUCUUGGUUUCCUGGUUUCCUGGUUUCCUGGUUUCCUGGUUUCCUGGUUUCCUGGUUUCUUGGUUUCCUGGUUUCCUGGUUUCCUGGUUUCCUGGUUUCCUGGUCUCCUGGUUUCCUGGUUUCCUGGUUUCCUGGUUUCCUGGUUUCCUGGUUUCGUGGUUUCAUGGUUUCAUGGGUUCAUGGGUUCAUGGGUUCAUGGGUUCAUGGGUUCAUGGGUUUGGGGUUUGUUUUUGUGUCGGAGGUUUUGGGUUCGGGUGUUGGAGGUUUUGGGUUUGGGUGUUGGAGGUUGAGGUUUCCGAAGGGAUGUGUUUGCAAAGUUUUAUUGCUCUUAAUACUAGCCUAGAGCGACGUGUAGCUCAUUUCCGCACUAGAAUCACCGCGCACCAUCACAAACCAAAAAAAAAACUUGCCGGCGCACGUGCAGGCACCGACCUAAAACUUGCUCUAUGCACCCACAGAAAGGAAACCCUUCCACAUCCUGAAGGACAGCCAAAAAGGCGCCCGGAAGGGGGAGAGGCGUUCUGGGAUCUAGUAACGUCCGAGAAAAGUAGCCGAGGCCGCUGCCCUCUCUCCUUCUAUUAAUGUCCGAGAAAAUUGGCCGGGGCCGCUCCCUCCCUCUUCUUCUAUAUUAAUUUGCCUGAGAAAAUACCGAGACCGAUGGACAGGGGGAACCGCUGCCCCCCUCUUCUUCUAUUAAUGUCUGAGAAAAGCCGAGGCCGGCCCGAUGGAUAGGGCGGCGGCUGUCUCUCUUCCUCUCCUUUUAUUAAUGUCCGAGAAAACCCGAGACCGAUGGACAGGGCGGCUGGCUGCCCUCUCUCCUUCUAUUAAUGUCCGAGAAAAUUGGCCGGGACUGCUGUCCCCCUCUGCUUCUAUUGAAAUUAAUGUCCGAGAAAAGCCGAGACCGAUGGACAAGACGGCGGGCGGGUCUUCUAUUAAUGUCUGAGAAAAGGCGAGGCCGAUGGGUUGGGUGGUGGCUGCCCUGGUCUUCUCCUAUUAAUGUCCGAGAAAAGUAGCCGGGGGGGGCUGCUGCCCUCUUGUUCUUCUAUUAAUGUCCGAGGAGAGCCGAGACCGAUGGACGGGACGGCGGGCGCCCUCCCCUCUUUCUAUUAAUGUCCGAGAAAAGUAGCCGAGGCGGCUGCUCUCCUCUUCUUCUAUUAAUGUCCGAGAAGAGCCGAGACCGAUGGACAGGACGGCGGGCGCCCUCUUGUUCUUCUAUUAAUGUCAGAGAAAAGCCGAGGCCGAUGGGAUGGGUGGUGGUUGCCCUGGUCCUCUUCUAUUAAUGUCCGAGAAAAGUAGCCGAGGCCACUGCCCUCCUUCUGUUCUUCUAUUAAUGUCCGAGAAAAGUAGCCGAGGCUGCUGCCCUCCUCCUCUCUAUUAAUGUCUGAGAAAUGUCGAGACCGAUGGAGAGGGCAAGACACGGCCUACCCUUCUUUCAGCGCUUGGCCUUCAAUUUUGGCCAAAUUGCUAAAUUUUUGAUUUUAAGCCAUUCGAGUGAAAUUUAUUAGAAACCUGACCGACCCGGGCGCGGUGUGUCCCUCUCUUUCUGAUCCAGCGCGGGCGCUUCUCUAUCUGGGCUGGAAGGUCUACAAAUUUUAGCCAAGGCGCCAGCUUUUUGACUUUGAUCAAUUACAAUUUGGGCGAAGUUGGAAACUCAUCGCGCGCACGGUUUCCCCUUUUUUCGGCGUUUGUUAGUUUUUAAAUUUUGGCCAAAGUGCUAAGCUUUUGACUUUAAACCAUUUGGAAGGAAAUUAGAAACCAACCGCGUGCACUGCCUCCCUUUUUUCUCGGCGUUUGUUUUUUAAUUUUCUUUGGCCAAAGUGCUAAAUUUUUGAUUUUAAACCAUUUUGAGUGAAGUUAGGCACCUGGCUGGGAUGGGAUGGCACGGCUUCCCCUUUUUUCGGCGUUUGUUAGUUUUUAAAUUUUGGCCAAAGUGCUAAGCUUUUGACUUUAAACCAUUUGGAGCGAUAUUAGAAACCAACCGCGCGCACUGCCUCCUUUUUUUUUCGGCGUUUGUUUUUUAAUUUUGGCCAAAGUGCUAAAUUUUUGAUUUUAAACCAUUUGGAGUGAAAUUAGGCAUCUGGCUGGGAUGGGAUAACAUUAGAAACCAACCGCGCGCACUGCUUCCCUUUUUUCUCGGCGUUUGUUUUUUAAUUUUGGCCAAAGUGCUAAGCUUUUGACUUUAAACCAUUUUGAGUGAAAUUAGGCACCUGGCUGGGAUGGGAUAGCGCCGCUUCCUUUUUUUUCGGCGUUUGUUAGUUUUUAAAUUUUGGCCAAAGUGCUAAAUUUUUGAUUUUAAACCAUUUGGAGCGAAAUUAGAAACCAACCGCGCGCACUGCCUCCCUUUUUUUUCGGCGUUUGUUUUAUUUUAAAUUUUUUCCAAAGUGCUAAACUUUUGAUCUCAAACCAUUUUGAGUGAAAUUAGGCACCUGGCUGGGAUGGGAUAGCCAUCGGGGUCUAAACCGUCGGGAUCUAAACCAUCGGCCGGGAUCUAAACCAUCGGGACCUAAACCAUCGGGACCUAAACCAUCGGGAUCAAAACCAUCGGGAUCAAAACCGUCGGGAUCUAAACCAUCGGGAUCUAAACCAUCGGGAUCUAAACCAUCGGGAUCUAAACCAUCGGGGUCUAAACCAUCGGGAUCCAAACCAUCGGGAUCUAAGCCAUCGGGAUCUAAACCAUCGGGACCUAAACCAUCGGGAUCUAAACCAUCGGGAUCUAAACCGUCGGGAUCUAAGCCGUCGGGAUCUAAACCAUCGGGAUCUAAACCAUCGGCGGAUGUGUGUGGCGGUGUGUUUUUUUUUGAGCGUUUUGGAAAUUGGUUGUUUAUUGUUCAUUUUGUUUUUGUAUUAACAUUUAUUGACCCAUUCUCGAGAUGAGAGUGGCUGUGGCACAUCGUUAGAGAUUGGUUGUAAAAAAUUAGCAGCAUUUUAUCAAGAUCAGUAUCCGCAUCAUUAUCCUAGCGCAGCGGAGUUCACCCCGGGGGCGGAUUUUAGUGAGGACGGGUCACCUACAGCAGAUGCGGAACGCGUAUGCGCCGAAGAGCAACGACCUUGCGCUCUGUUCUCAAAAGAAGAGGUUUUGGAUCCGAAGUCGACCGCACGUCGCGAUGCCCAAAUUUUGGAGGCGUACGCAGAGCUUCAUCAUUCGCGUGCUGCGGCGCUGAAUCCACUGCGCAAAGAGGACAUCGAAGCUCUACCGCAGUGCAAAGCUGCGACUACUGGGAAAGGUAAUGGCGAACAUUUACCUACAGCAGAGAAUCAAAUCGGAAAUCAGAAAGUAAAGCUGUACUCGACACUUUCAGGAGACAACCCAACUGCGAAUUCACAACUGCAGUCAGAAGAACUGGCGAAGGAGGAGAGCCAAGCGGGCACCGGUGACGAAGUAGGUAGAAAAGAGGAAAAUACCGGGUCAACUACAGAAGCGGAAGCAGUCCAAGCAGAAACUCCUUCAGGAACAGCAGGCAUAGACGCUGGCACAACAGGAACUACUGGAGAAAGUGAGCAGGAAGAAGCGUCAGGGGCAGGCUCAGCAGUUGCAAGAACGGGUCUCGGCUUUUAUCGAUGUCGAUACCUGUCUCCGAAAGCCUGUGAGAAUCACUUUAUUCGCUAUCCUGUCACACCUGGAAAAAACGGGAAUGUGUUAGCGGAUCUCAGAGGCACACAGAAGAUAGAUAAGCCCGACACUUUCGCAUCGGCCACAAGCGAGAACUUUAAGACGAACCCAGUUUGUCGUUUGAAAAUUGUCUGUAUUUGUAUCGGAUUUAUUGAACGUGUCCACGACGUAGUAGUGUGAGUUUUCCCACGACAAAACUAAAGCCCGCAUUUAUCGAUGAUAUAGCGACUGACUCUUUUCUAAACUCUUCGAAAACAACGGCUUCUACCGGUGUCAGCUUGUCCGCAGUAUUAAGAAUCAAGUUUGUCCAGGAACCGUUCUCCCGCGGACCUUGCAAACACAGCGAAACCUUGAACUACAAUACAGUGCCAUGCGCAAUGCGUUUCACCCUGAGAUGAUUAUGCAUGUCCAACCUCAGCCCCAUACGCAUGCAUCCGGCAGUGAGCAGGGGAAUCAACAAGAAGCAGGACGGGAAGAAAAUCUGAAACAUCCUGACCUCUAGUCACUUAGUUGGAAGAGGCAAUUCAUGGAACAACAUGUGAUAAGUGUGAUUGUUGUUGUUCUGUAUCAUGCAUGGUAAGAAACAAAAACAUAAUCAUGAUUAUCAAGAGACUAGAUGGCGAUGGUGAGGAUGAGAGGUGCGCCCUUUUCUUUGUUUUGUUUUCUCUUGCUACUUAUCCCGUUCGUUGUCGUGUCCUUGGCUGGGCAACACAUGGUUAUGGAC